AUGGUUUCAAAAUCGAAGACCGGGUUAUUUGCCCUUGGAUUUUUUACUUUUGCUUCUUUAUUUAUUAUUAUUUCUUUUGUCAGUCCUUAUUGGCUAGUAACUGAUGGGAAACUAAAGAAUCCGAAAUUUAUAAGAAUAGGUCUAUGGGAAGUUUGCUUCAAUGGCUUCGAAGAAGUACAUCAUUGGUAUGACACAGUGUUCAAAAAUUGUUGGUGGAUAUUUGAAGAAGAAUACUACAUCAUUCAUGACAUACUCUUACCUGGAUUUUUUAUUGCUACCCAAUUCUUCUUUACAAUAACUGUUUGUUGCAUCAUUCUUUCAUUUUUCUUGCUGUACAUUUACUUGAGAAAAGAGGAAGAUGAUGAUAAUUAUGUUGCACUUCUGUUGACAUUUGGGACCACUCUUGUUAUUGGUGGUUUUUCAGGGUUGGUAUCUGUUAUUACAUUUGGAGCCCGUGGUGAUGGAAGAGACUGGAUGCCCCACUGGGAACAUAAUGAUCUAGGAUGGGCAUAUGCUUUAGGCGUUGUAGGAGUGAUAUUCCUAUUCCCUGGUGGCAUUCUGUUCCUCAUUGAGGCGAGAGUCAGGAAAUACAAACGAUUACAUGAAAUGCAAAGUAGAGAACCUUCGUCUUAUACUAUGCAGGAAAGGAAGGUUGCUUUCCCUGGUCACACAGAUAUUUAA